AUGUCAAACAUGCACCAUGAAGAAGUGCGGAAGACCUCGCACAUUCCGCGGCCCCUCGGAGAGAAUGUCAAUCAGUCGAUCCGGUCUCGAUAUGGCUGGUUGGAUAAACCGGUAACCCCAAGGAGCGAGUCGCCCGUGAGAGACGCUCUUCGCGACGUGCAAAUGACCGCCAUGGACACGACGCCUCCUGGAUCUAACCAAGACCAUCCCAUGUUUGAGAACGGCAAUGAGAAUUCGACUGUAGCAACGGCCGGGGCAAAGGAUAUGCACCGACCUCAACAGAUAUCUCCAACUCCUUCGUCAAUGGUACCUCGACCUGAUUCACCCAUCAAGAGACCGUUUCGACCUCCUGGGAGGAUCUCUCCGACGAAGGACUUGAUGGCCCUUCCCCCGGUCGUCUCACCCGGCGAAAUCUACACACCCCCAAAGGCGUUCGUCAAAGGUCAGCGAUCACGGAUUGCAAAGCCACUUCGAGAAUCUAGACGAUCUUCCAGUUCAACUUUCGGUGUCCCUCAUAAGGAAUCUCCUGGAGUGCCACCAUCAAAGGUGUCAGCCCAAACCUUGAAACAUCGGCCAACAUAUGGGGACCGGGGGACAAUGUCACCUACGCCAGCGUCAAAGCAGUCUCUUUCAUCCCUUUUCAACGCCCCUUCUCCCCCACCGCGGCCCAGUGGGAAGCUGGCAGUCUCCGGCGUUGAAUUGUCGCCAGCACUUCUCAAGCCUCGAUCAAGAGGCGAGAACACUCUCGCGCCGUCGACUUCUCCCACGAAGCCCGCAACAAAAGCCAAAAAGGCCGCCCCACCUCAGCAAGAUACCGCUGCGGCACAAGAAGCCCAGGCAAUGAACUCGGCAAAAUCAUCGGCCGCGUUACGAGAAACAAUUGCAAAGGCAAAGGCUGCAAAAAGAAAAACCCGCGAGAGUGCCGGGACACCAAGCGCCCCGUCAGCUGGACCUGCCGACUGGCCUUUGGACUUUGUCGAUGAAAGUGCACUUUCAAGCGGUGACAACAAAGGUCUCUUACGAAAACGAAUACAACAAGCCGUGACGUCUGGUCAUUUGAAUAUUGCGGCAAUGAAAUUGAAGCAGAUGCCUUCAGAAGUGAUGAAAAUGUAUGAAUCAGAGAACAGCAUGACGAAUUGGGCUGAGAUGGUGGAUUUAACAAAACUGAACGCAGCAGACAACGAGCUGGAGGAAUUGGGAGACGACAUUUUCCCUGAUUUUGCCGACUCAGACCUAGCUGACGACGAAGUGAACAGGGGUCAAUUUGGCGGCCUCGAAACAUUGGACCUGCGCAGAAACCGAUUGCAUCAAAUACCAACCGGACUGCGAAAACUGGAAAGACUUCAGGUGUUGAACUUGGCUGGCAACAAAUUUGGCAACAAAGCCUUUGAGAUUAUCGGCCAGAUUCCCAAUUUAAAGGAGCUCGUCCUCGCGGACAAUCUCAUCGAAGGCAUGUUGGAACUGGGCGGACGUAUGAGCGAACUGCAAGUUCUCGACUUACAUGGCAAUAAAAUCCAGAGUUUUGGCGCGGCAGGGCUCUCGCUGCUCCAGAACUUGAAGGUCUUGAACAUUUCCGGCAAUAGACUUUCAACAAUCCCUUGGGAGAGUCUACCUACCUCAAGUCUGGUCGAACUCAACAUUUCGCGAAACCGCAUUUCGGGAACCUUAUUGUCCACUGCGUCAGCUCUCCGCGACCUGCGUAUCUUGGACGCAUCCUUCAACGAGCUAGAGAAGCUGUCCGACAGCGAAAGUACCCCGGACCUCCCCAACCUGCGUUCUCUUGCCCUAAAAGGGAACAAGAUGACCGCCCUCCCUUGCUUAGCGAAUUGCAGCCAACUUAACACCUUGGAUGUAUCAGACAACCAGUUGCAAGAGAUUCCGUCUGAAUUUGAGCAGCUUGAAAACCUGAAGGCGGCAGAUUUUGGCAACAACAACAUCCGGCUCAUUUUGCCCGAGAUCGCGACGAUGGGCAACCUGUCGAGCCUCAACAUUGUUGGUAAUCCACUUCGUGAGAAGAAAUACCUUACCAUGACUGCUUCUGAGCUCAAGACGGACCUGGAGAAGAAGCUUGAGCUGGACCAGUCUGAGAGGGCUGGUGUGGAGCCGAGCGACAACCUUUCCAGCCUCGACUCCAAGGGAGAGUACCGCUACAGACCUUCCAAUGGGACCCUCGAUCUUUCUUCCCUCUCCCUUGCCACCGUCUCCGUUUCUGAAAUCGACUUGUCCUCCCAAGUUCACACCCUCAAACUCUCCAACAAUGAGUUAUCAACCUUCCCAGCUGACCUCCUUUCACACCCCUCCCUCAAAUACAGCCUCCAAUCUCUCGACCUCUCUCACAACCCCCAACUCCAUCCCACGGAGUACCUGGCGAGCGAACUGUUCCUCCCGAACCUGAAAUCACUCUACAUCGUCUCCACUGGACUCACCUCUCUCGACGCGCUCACGACAUACCUGAAAGCCCCGGUCCUCACGGAGUUGAACAUCUCAUGCCACCGCCUGACAGGCCACGUGCCGUGGGUUCGCGCGUGGUGGCCAAACGUCAACACCCUAUUGGCAACAGACAACUGGUUCUCCUCGAUCGACGUCGAGGCAGUGCGCGGACUCGAGGUUCUCGACAUUAGGAACAACGAGAUCGAAAGUCUCCCGCCAAAGCUGGGCCUGUUUGGCAAUAUCCCGGGCGCCAAGGAACGAAGAGAGGGCCGACUGAGGGUGUUGGAGGUCAGCGGCAACAAAUUCCGCGUCCCGAGGAUAACGGUCGUCGAAAAAGGCACAGAGGCCGUUCUGAAGGACCUGAGGAGGAUGGUCAGGGAAGAGGAACUGACCGAUGAGUGGAGAGAUGCGAUAUGA